CAGGUACUACAACACAACUGAUUAGUUGUGUGAUUAUCACAAGUAACAAGAGUUACAUCAGCAUUGGUGGUCGCUGUAAUAGUAAAAGGGACGUUGUAACAACAGUGUAUGUGAUAUGGGGGUCUUCCCUUCAUCAUAACUCCACCUUAGGGGUGGACAGCGUCGUGUGGCGGUGGUAGCGUGGGGCGCCUCUCUGCUCGCCCGUGGACUGCAGCUGCUCUGGUGCUCUCCGCGGUGUGUGGUGCUAAGUAAAUGACUAUCACAAAAGCAAGAAAACAAUCACAAAUCACAGCGGGAACAUACGGAAACCUUCUCCUGCAUUCCCAGGUCACCGAAAACCCGGCAAGUCCAAAGGAUCUAUUGUAGUUUCUCUGUUAGGAUGUCGUCAUCUGAAAAUGCUGCGUCACAUGAAGUCUGGGAAGCAUCACCCCGAGCAUCAGAGGCUGAACCCCUGAGGAUUGUUCUGUUGGGGAGGACAGGGACAGGCAGAAGCACCGCAGGGAACACCAUCCUGGGCAGGUCUGCCUUCUGGGUCAGCGUGUCCCCCUGCUCCGUCACCACCCAGUGCACCAGACAGACUGGGACAGUAGACGGGCGGAGCAUCUCUGUGAUUGACACGCCGGGUUUCUUGCACACACACCUCAACCCCGAGGAAGUCAUGACAGAGGUGGGACAGUGCGUUGUCCUCUCCUCUCCGGGACCCCAUGUCUUUCUGGUGACCCUGCCAACAGGCAGGUUCACCCAGGAGGAGAGGGACGCCUUAGAGUGGAUCAAGGCUAUGUUUGGACCUGAAGCAACCAGGUUUACCAUGGUGUUGUUCACCUGGGGAGAACGGCUGCAGGGCAAAUGCAUCGAGGACUUCCUGGGAGAGAACAGUGAGCUGUCGGAGUUUGUGAGCAGCUGCCAUGGCGAGUAUCACGUCUUUGCUAACAGGGAACAGGACGAGACAGCGGACAGCUCACAACAGGUCGUACAGCUCCUGGAGAAGAUAAACAAGACUGUUGCGGAAAAUGGAGGAAGUUGCUAUGGCAGUGACAUGUUCAAAGAGGCUGAGCGGGCCAUCAGGGAGGUGCAAGAGAGGAUUCUGGGAAAAAAAGGACACAAUCUGUCCCCUCAGAAGGCCGCUAAAGACAAAGAGGAGCAGAGUCCAGAGUUUGAGAGGAUGAGAAGGGAGGAAGAAGAGGCCAGGAAACGGAUGGAGAGGCUUUUCUGGUGCGAGCUGGUGACUGCGGUGGGGAAAGGUGCCGCAGAGGGGGCAGGGAUCAUGGGGAAGGUCGAGGGGAAAGGGAAGGCUGUGACGAAGGUGAGGAUGAUGGAGAGGGCAGCAGCUCUGGCAGCGUCGCCGCUCUCCAUCACUUCAGCUGCAAAAGCAGUGGGAGGAGCGGUAAGGGAAGGAAGCAAGGUGUUAUAUAAACACAGAAAAACUUUCCUGAAUACACCUCACUGAAUAUAGUCAGAGCCAAGUGGCCCUCAGUGCACAGUGGAGCCUGUGGUUAAUGUAGAGGUGAGAGCAAAUAUUCAUCUAUUAAUCAGUUAUUAUUUAAUAUAUACUAUUAAAUGAAUCGUCAACUAUUUGGCUAUUUCUUUAUUUUAUUUAAUAC